AUGAUUAAUGAUUUGUUAUUGUUAGAAAAUUUAAAUUAUUAUCAUUAUUAUCCGGAUAAGAAUCGUUUAUCACCAUUAUUGAAUAAAAAAUUUUUAUCAUUAAUCAAUGAUAAUAAUGGUAUACGUUUUCGUCGAUUAGAUACAUUAUUGAAUAAUGAAGGAAUGCGUUUUCGAAAAGCGGAUCCAAGUUUAUUGAAUGAUGAAGGAAUGCGUUUCAGAAAAGCAGAUCCCAGCCUAUUGAAUGAUGAAGGAAUGCGUUUUAGACGUCCGGAUCCAUUGUUCAAUGAUGAAGGAAUGCGUUUUCGAAAAGCUGAUCCAAGCCUAUUGAACGACGAAGGAAUGCGUUUUCGAAAAGCUGAUCCUAGCCUAUUGAACGACGAAGGAAUGCGUUUUCGAAAAGCAGAUCCAAGUUUAUUGAAUGAUGAAGGUAUGCGUUUUCGUCGUCCAGAUCCAUUGUUCAAUGAUGAAGGAAUGCGUUUUCGAAAAUCCAAUCCAAAUCUAUUAACAAAUGAAGGUAUGCGUUUUCGUCGUCCAUAUUCAAAUCAAUUAAUAAAUGAUGAAGGUAUGCGUUUUAAAAAACCGGAUACAUUAUUGAAUGAUGAAGGAAUGCGUUUUAAACGGCCAUUAUUUUUAUUAAAUGAAGAUGGUGGUUUUCGUUUUAAAAAAAAUCCAAAUGAAUUAUUAAAUAAAAAUCUUAUUAUAAGAAAAUCAGUAUUAGAUGGUGAAGGAUUACGUUUUAAAAAAGAUAAUAAUAAUAAUAAUAAUGGUGGUAAUGGUCAAUCAUUAUUGGAUAAAGAAGGUAUGCGUUUUAAAAAAGCUGAUCAACAAAAAUCAUCAACCACAUCAUCCAACGAACAACAAACAGGAAAAAACAGCCGAUUAUAAAUGAAAAUAUUUUAUAUGGUGAAGGUAUAAGAUUUUAAACACACAGAAUGAAUUGAAAAAAAAAAUGAAAAAAAUCAACUAUUCUUUCCAUCAUCAUCAUCAUCAACAACUAAUUUCAUCACUUAAUUAUGAGAUAAAACAAAAACCAAAAACCAAAUCAAACACAUUCUUGUUUUUUUUCUUGUCGGGAACAAAUCAAAUAAAUUAUUAUUAUUGGUCAUCAUCAUCAAUUUUUUCGUGGAACAACAAAUCAUCAUUAUCAUCAUCAUCAUCGUCAUUUGUUAUUUUUGAUUCUUUUUGAUGUAACAACAACAACAACAAAAGAAAUCGAAUAAGAAUUUACACCCACUCACUUUUUUUUCAUCCACCCACACACACAGGAAUUACAUUUUACCAUUAUUUAUUAAUCUUGUUAUCAUCGAACACUAUCGCGAUAAUCACUAUCGAUAGCCAACAACAACAACAAUCGAUUGUUUGACAUUAAAAAUUCGAUUCGAUUAAGAAUUUUUCUUUUCUUUUUUUUUGUUUUCGUUUUUGAUUUUUGAUUUUUGAAAUUUUUUUUUGAAAUUUU